AUGGAGGAUCCGACAGAAAGUCCUGUUGUGAAACAAUUACUAGAAGCAGCCAAGCGUACACACUCCAAACCAGUAUGUAAAAAGGACGUUGUAUCUACUCAUGAACUGCAUUCUUUGUGUUCCAUGUUCAUUGACAGUGAUGAUAUAUGUAUUUUAAGGGACUUGUCUAUGAUUAUGAUUACGUACGCAGGUUUUAUGCGAAUUAGUGAGGUAUUGAACUUAAAAUGUAAAGAUGUGCGUUUCAAUGAAGAUCACGUGACAAUAUAUGUAUCGAAGAGCAAAACUGAUAUUUAUCGUAAUGGUUCAGAUAUAGUUAUUUCAAAGGGCAGCACUUCGGCGUGCCCAUAUGUCUUGUUACAGAAAUAUAUGAACGCCGCAAAUUUGAAUGAUAAGCCUGACGAAUUUUUAUUUAAACCAGCUUUAAGGUCGAAAAAUGUUGUAUCUCUUGUAAAGGUUAACAAGCCUCUUAGUUAUACUAGAGCUAAGGAAUGUAUUGUAAGUAAAUUAAAAUUAGUUGCACCAAAUAGAAAUCUUGGUACGCAUUCUCUCAGAGCCAGUGGUAUCACUGAAGCAGCUAAAAGUUCUGAUAUCUCUGAAAGAUGUCUAAAGAGACAUGGGAGGUGGAAGUCUGACAUUGCCAAAGAUGGUUAUGUUAAGGAUUCAAUUGAGAAAACGCUCGCGGUUUCAAAAAAGCUCGAUUUAUAA